GACAGCAUUAAUCAUUACUUUUUUCCUAAUUCUGGAAAAGAUUCAACCCAACUUGUCGAAUUAACAAUCACAGAACAAGAAAGUAAGAUAGAUCAACUGCGUACUUAUUUAGAGGAGUUGGGACAUCCUUUGGAAACAAUACAAUUAGAAAAAUUGUUGGAAGGAAAUUCAUGGAAUGUGAUGGAAGUAGCGGAUUAUUGUGAUGAUUUAAUAGAAGCAGAAUAUGGACUAGUAUCAGACAUUCGAAAAGACGUAAUCAUGCUUGGAUCAGAAAAUGAUCGAUUUACUAGCUGUUAUAUAGAUGAAAAUGAAAAUCCAACACAAGAGGACGCCAGUGAAUUGUUUUUAUUUCUAUCAUGCCUUUAUGAACUUCCCUAUCUUCCACUUGGGAUUCAUUUAUUUCAUGGAGGAAGUAAAGAUCCAAAUGAUGAGCGAGUUAUAACCGAACGUUUGAUUCAAGUAGCUAUACCGGGUGAUCCACAUGAUGAAACACCUGUUUCUUUGGAAGAAGUUUUAAUAACACAUUUUCAUGAUAAUGUCGUAUCUGGAAUAAAACGGUUUUCAUCAGAUGAUAUGAAACAAACUGAGAUUCCAGUUUCAGCAUGGCAAAUGCUAAAACUUUUGCCGUUUUACUCAGCAAGUAAUGAACAAG